UAAAGGAUUGUAUUUCUGUGUAACUUGAUCAGUUCGUGAAUGGCGUUAAUUGUAUUGGUGUUUAUAGGUCUUUGAGAUUAUUGAGUGAAAGUUUGUGAGUUGCUGUGAUUUGUGAUAGACUGCGUAGUGGAUGGAGAUGGUAUUUUGUUUGUGGUUUCUUGAGUGUGUUAACUUCGUUGUACGACUGGCGUUUUUUAAAAAGAAAAAUUAAAGAUGUUCGUUACAUUCUGGGAGCAAAGUUGGAGUUGUUGAAAUUUUGUUGUUAAACGUUCACACCUCUGUUUCAAUAUUGUAGUCUGUCUCAAGAUGUUCGUUACAUUCUGGGAGCAAAGUUGGAGUUGUUGAAAUUUUGUUGUUAAACGUUCACACCUCUGUUUCAAUAUUGUAGUCUGUGUCUCCGACAUCCAGUACUGGACCAUAGAUCGAUAGCGACUAUUUUUGUUUGAUACGAGAUGGAUCGGUGAAUAAAGCCUGAUGGAAUCAAAUAUCAACAGGAUGGUUAUCAAUAUUGCUGGCAUGAGAUUUUGAUUUGUAAGAAGGCGAAUCUACAUUUUUUUGGGCAAUUUUAUUUCAUUAAAAUAAAAAGGGUGGGGGGAGAGUCUGGUUUUGGGUCCAUUAACAGUCCAAUACAACUAAAUGAGUUUUGAAACAGACCUUUGCAAGAGCAUCAACCUGUGAAUUCUCAAUCCUAGAGAUGAAAUAGAAAGAAACGUCAACAAACAUAACAGAAGAGAUGUUACAGAUGUCGUGAACGAUCCCUUAGAUCUCUUUGUCGAAAAGCUUGUUGUUCAAUACUCUCAUGAGAGUUUGAUUGCCAGAGCAUAUCCUGAGAAUCUUAAAUUCCAGUGUAACUGCCGUUUGAAGAGCCGAUUUCACGGCGAGGACUUCUGUAACGGUCCGGUUCCUAGACCAAAAUAUUUUUAACGAGAGCCCGUUAAGACUGCAGCCCAUUAGGGUAAAUGAUCUAGGGUUUUCUCCUUUUCCUAUAAAUGAAGUUGCCUCCUCUCACAUUUCUCUCAUUCUGAAACUUGAGCGAAGCUCUGCAGAGAUUUAGAGAGACUAGGAAACCCUAGCCGUCAAGCUUCUCUUUUCCUUUUCUCUCAUCUUCUCUCAUGCCUCUCUCUCUCUCUCCCUCUCCUUUCUCUUUCCGUUGGAUCUCUUCCUCUCUCCUCGCCGUGAGUCCCCCGAGAGCAAGACGAGCCGCCGGUGGUGGUGGUGGUGGUCGUCCAAGAGGUGGUGGGGGUGAUCGUCCGAGUGUGGUGAUGGUGGUGGCUGUGUGGUGUUGUGGUGGUAACCAUAUCUCGUCUCUCUCUUGUUUACUUGUUCCAGAUCUGUUCAAAUCUCAUCCUCUUUGUCUCUUUUUCUAGAUCCAGAUCCAGAUCUAGGCUAAGGACUGUAAGUAGAAGUAUAUGGAUGUGGGUGUGACGGUAUUUCAAAGAAAGUUAUGCGUCUGUCGACUCUUGAGACCAGUAACGGGACACGUAGGGUUGUCUAAAUGAGUAGACAUGUGUCCAUAACACCCUUUCGAUAACCCCGGUUGGACGCCGGGGGAUCGGGCCGCUACAAUAUGUAUCAGAGCGGGGGUUAAGAUCCCUUAGUUCUGCCCUAAGGGAUCGGCAUUUUCGAUGUUUUCAAAAAAAAAAAAAACUUGUUUUUGUUAAAAGAAAAGAGUUUGUGAAAGUUUUGAUUCUCCUAAAAGUUUUGAAAACGAUUUCAAAAUCACCCACUAUAUCUAUAAGUCUAUUAAGGUUUUUAUCAGAUCCAUUUUACUUGCAUAAUUUUUUUCUGAGCUUAAUUCAUUCCUUCGUUUUUAAAAGAUCUCGAGCAGAGUUGUUCUCGCCUUGUAUGCCUCCCUUGUAUGAUGUGUGAUUGUGUGAGUUCUUUUCGGGAUCAGGUGUUAAGUUCGGGAGUCUGGAGCCUUGUAAUUCAUGGACGAAUUCCGAUUAACACGGGGAGAAUUGUAGCGGCCCGGUUUCUAGAUCAAAAAUUUCUUAAGGAGAGCCAGUUAAGACUGCAGCCCAUUAGGGUAAAUAACCUAGGGUUUCCUCCUUUUCCUAUAAAUGAAGCUGUCUACUCUCACAUUUUUCUCAUUCUGAAACUUAAGCGAAGCUCUGCAGAGAUUUAGAGAGACUAGGAAACCCUAGCCGUCAAGCUUCUCUCUUCCUUUUCUCUAUUCUUCUCUCACGCCUCUCUCUCUCCCUCUCCUUUCUCUUUCCGUUGGAUCUCUUCCUCUCUCCUCGCCGCGAGUCCCCCGAGAGCAAGCCGAGCUGCCGGUGGUGGUCGUCCAAGAGGUGGUGGGGGUGAUCGUCCGAGUGUGGUGAUGGUGGUGGUUGUGUGGUGUUGUGGUGGUGACCAGAUCUCGUCUCUCUCUUGUUUACUUGUUCCAGAUCUGUUCAAAUCUCAUCUCCUUUGUUUCUUGUUCCAGAUCCAGAUCCAGAUCUAGGCUAAGAUGGAGUGUCUCGAACCCAUCUUGUUCCCAUGUACUGUAUACUCCUUUAUGUUGGAGUUAGGUUUGAUUAGACCCUGUUUGAGAGCUAGGUUGAUAGAACAUGUUUAUUUCUAGGAUGAUAAAUGAAUGGAUCACGAUGCAUAAGAACCCUCAUACUGUUAAAUGGGACUAAAUGAACUGUCUUGUGUUGUUGUGGUGAUGAUUGAUUGGUAAUUGAUGCUUGUAUGAUUGGAUGUGCAGUCCCAUGUAUUGUUUGUGAUUAAUGCUAGGAUGGUAGAAAGAAGCGAAUGCUAGGAUGAUGGAUGAGUAUUGAUUGUUAAUGUUAUUGUAAGUAGAACCUGAGUGUGAUGUGUAUUGUGUGUGACACCGAUAACGGGUGGCAUCUACUGAACGAGUAUGAGUCUAAGUGUAAAGGAAUGAGAAUGAGAAUGAGAAAGUGAAAGUGAAUGAGAAUGAGAUUGGAUAAGUGAAUGACGUUAAGGAUAAGUAUGGGGUGGGUAGAGGGCAUACGUGGGGUAGUAGUUCUACGCUAGGCACCCAUAGGAACUGUGGGAACCCACAGGAAUAUGAGGUAGUGGUCUAGCGAGAGCUACCCACGGAGAACGAGAAGACGAGCCAGCCACGAGAGCCGGGAUAUAAAAACAUGCAUUGUAGGAGUCAUUAAUUCGUGGUCGGGUAUCUGGGUGUUAAGAUGGAGUCAGUCUUGUAUGUCAAGUCGGUUAAGUCUAUGGUUUGGUGUGUGUGGCGAUGAGUGAGGUCAUUGUAUUGGUUGAUCGCUAGGUUGAUAGAAACGUCGAGAAUUGUGAAUGCUUAGAAAUGAUGAUGAUAUGAAAUGAUAGUUGCAUUAACAGAUUGUAGUGGUCUAGCGAGAGCUACCCACGGAGAACGAGAAGACGAGCCAGCCGCGAGAGGCGGGAUAUAAAAACGUGCAUUGUAUGAGUCAUUAGUUCAUGGUCGGUAUAUGGGUGUUAAGAUGGAGUCAGUCUUGUAUGUCGAGUCGGUUAAGUCUAUGGUUUGGUGUGUGUGGCGAUGAGUGAGGUCAUUGUAUUGGUUGAUCGCUAGGUUGAUAGAAACGUCGAGAAUUGUGAAUGCUUAGAAAUGACGAUGAUAUGAAAUGAUAGUUGCAUUAACUGAUUGUAGUGGCUAGUCAUUCCUAGUUCCCGCAUAGAGUAGUAUAGAGUGUCGUGCGGGCAGGCUGGUCUAGAGUCACUUAACUGAGUAACUUGUUGCUCAUUCCUUCCUUUCCAUUUCCCUAUGUGCAGGACUAUAAGUAGAAGUAUAUGGAUGUGGGUGUGACGGUAUUUCAAAGAAGGUUAUGCGUCCGUCGACUCUUAGGACGAGUAACGAGACACGUAGGGUUGUCUAAAUGAGUAGACACGUGUCCAUAACACCCUUUCGAUAACCCCGGUCGGACGCUGGGGGAUCGGGCUGUUACAACUUCUCCCAUUAGCGGAUAGCUCACUGAAGGUGAAUCUCGAGGAAGUAUAAACUGAUUUGACAAAACUAUAUGAAGAAGUUUUGGGUCUUCGGAAAAUUAAAAAACAAUUUAUCGCGACGAAAAAUUAUAUCGAGAACAAAAAAAGAAAUACGUGGCAUACAAAAAAAAUAUAGAAAUUCAAAAUUUUAUCAUGUAUUAAAGAAGGCAAUGUUUUUGGGCCUGUACGAUAAAGAGGAUAAGUGGUUUACUUCGAAAACAGAAGUAAAAGGGGUUGCAGUUAACUUUUUUAAUGACCUGUUUCAGUCAUGAGGUCCCAAAAAUAAUCACGGGCAAUCAAAAUAAUAGGUUACAACUUUGACUAUGGAAGAAGAGACGAGAUCAGCAGUAUUUAUGAUGCAUAAAGCGCGAGAACGUAAGCAUGACAACCUUAUUUUUCAGUAAUAUUGGUCAAUUAUCAACACAUAUGUGGUUAAUAUGGUCAAUAAUUUUUCCAGAUCAGGCAUUUUUUAUGAGACUUAUAUAUUUUAAAACUAGUCAUGGGAAUUUAGUUCUCAGUUCCGAUUUCGGUUUGGCUCUUCGGUUUUUUUUUAUUUUUGGGUUUUAGAAAUUUAUGAUCUUACAGAUAUUUAGAAAAUUCGGUCCAGUUCUAGUUUUUCCUUUUGGUUUUCGGUUUGGUUUGGGUAACAAAGAUCCAAGAUAAUUUCGAACCCCAAUUGAUUCCAGUUCUUUUUCAAUUAAUUCAGGUUGAAAAGUAAGAAAAUUCAUGGUUUUUGGACUAGAUAUCAUUUUUUUUUUUGGUGGGAGGGGGGUGGGGGGUGGGGGAGAUAGAAAAUUUAUAUGAUUUUAAAUAUUUCAAAUAAAAAAUAUUCAAGUAAUUCAGUUUUUAGUUAUUUUGGUUAUAAAUAGUAGAGAAAAUGACUAGACUAUUACAAAAAAGUGAGGUAAUGACUAGACUAAUACAAAUCUUUUGAAAAUGACUAGAGUGUUUUUAGAACCCUAGUAAAUUACUGUUUAAGCCCUUUAUUAUUUUUUUUAGUUAUGAUUAAUUUUAAUUUGAAAAUCCACAUCAGAAGUAAUGAAACUACGUCACUUAACACGAAGGAAAAUCAAACGACGAUCAUUAACUUCUCCGAGACUGUUCUCACACUAAACCCUAACUGUUUUCGAAAUCGUGUUCACUACAACUCUUCUCGGCAAAGCGGCUUCUCUGAAAUAAUCUCCGUAAUCUUCUUCUCUAGUCUCCGUUUCUCUGAAAUCGUGUGUCCGUAAGCUUCUUCUUCAGAUUGGUUGUCUCCUCAAAUCUCCUUAAUCGUAUUCUCUGGUAUAUUUCGAGGCUUUGCUCUGAGUUUUUCGAGUAUUUGAGUGAGUAUAAUUAAUGCUGUGAGUUAGAUAUAUGUUUUGUCUGAGUUUGAGUUAGUAUUCGUUACGGCUGAUUUAGGAUCCUUAACGACUGAUUUAUAGAAGGUAAUUGUGACUGAUUUAGUAUUCUUUGAGACUGAUUUAUUUAUGUAAUGAUGGCUGAGUUAUGUUUUGUGGCUUGUUUAUUUUAUGUCUUUCUUCUGAUUUAUCAUUGAUAUGUUAUAUAUGUCUUUUUUUAUCAGAUGGAUGUUUCCGAAGAUCUAGCAAGGGAUUACCCUCCAAGACUUUACCCUGAAGGGGCUUCUAUUUUUGAAAACAAAAGCAUUAAUACGAAUAGCCAUUUUUCUGAGAUCCCUCGACUUAGACAAGCAAUUGGAAUAGAUGUGUGGGAUAAUCUGAAGACGUAUCCUGUUGGAUUGAUUGCUAAACUGGCUGAGAGCAAAUUGGUGUGGUCUGGUAAGACCGUACAUUAUCUACUUUGUAGACAGCUGCGAGUCUAUAAGAAGGAGCUUUGGUCUCUCGUUGUUGAUCAACCUCUCAGGUUUAGCUUAAUAGAAUUUGGUGAGAUCACGGGUUUAAACACAAAUCCACUGCCAGAAGAAAGUUUUGAACCUGAUCCAGAGAAUUACAAAGCGUUGUGGGAGUUAUUGAAAGUGCCGCUUGGGUGCGGACCCAAGUUUGAUGAGCUUAUAGAAGCUUUAACGGAGUGUCCAUUCUGGAGUGCUGAUCAGCGGAAAUGGUAUGGGCUGUUGUUUCUUCAAGCCAUUGGACUUUAUGGCUUGCAUCAUAAUUGUAGAAUACCCUUUGAAAGUGCAAAAAGAGUAUUCGAUGAUGACGCCCUGAUGACUUAUCCUUGGGGUCGGACUGCCUAUGAAUUUCUUGUUGAUUCUAUCAAGUUGUUGCAUCCACAAGGAGGGUCGUACACCCUUAGCGGCUUCAAGGACGUGUUAUUAGUUUGGGCGUAUGAAUCUGUCACAGUGUUCGGAGAGCUUUAUGGCAGAAAAGUGAAUCCAGACGAAAUUCCGCUUUUGCGAUGGGGUGGAAGUCGUACUCGUGCAAGUCUUGCUACUACAAUAGCUAAGGAGAUGAAUGAUCAUGGAACAGUAAGGUUUAAAUCAGACAUAUGAAUCCUGUAAUGUAAUGUCUGAGUUAUUGGAUUAUUUUAUGGUUGAGUUGUUAAUUUUAAUGACUGAUUUAUGUUUUUGUGUUGUAGGUGCGUGUGAGGAAAAUGGUGAUGAAGGAGGGUCUAGAAGAGCUGUUUCCUCAGUAGAAGGAUGAAGCAGAUGACCCACAACUUGAUAACCUAAUUAAAGAUAUACAUGCAGAUAGGUUUGUUAGAGAUUUUUAUGUGCAAUCGAAUGAGAAGAACAAAAAAACGAAGGCUGGAGUUUCGUCAGAGGCUGAGCCACCCUCAAAGAAGCAGAAGAAAGGUAAGAAACAGAAGGAGGUGAAAAUCAAUGAGGGUGAAACUGCUGUUGUAGAGGAGAAGGAGAGUGCAAAAGAGAAGGGUCGUAGCGAAGCGGUUCUGCUGAACAUAGUUGCUCAUCUCGAGAAGUUGGACCGAAAAUUUGACUCGAGAUUAACAGAAUACGACACCAAGUUUGGAGAUUUUUCCCAAGGCCUUUUGGAUACCAUUGGAGAUACAGUGAAAACUACAGUUGAAGAGCGUCUGAGAGUUUUGGGGGUGUCCAAUAGUAGUCAACCUGAAGGUCAACACGUGAUGGUCUCAGAAGACAACCAACAGCCGGAGUCCAAUAGUGGUCAACCUGAUGGUCAAAACGUGAUGGUCUCAGAAGACAACCGACAGCCGGACUCCAAUAGUGGUCAACCUGCAUCUAAGACCCCUAUUGAUAAACAGUCCGAAGACAGCCAACCGCAAAAGACCCCUGAUAAAGGCCAAUCUGAGAAGAAUCUGGCAGAUGAUAUUGCUAAAGCUGAUGCGAAAGGUAUGGGAGCAAAGCUGAAUUCGAAGGUUGUCAGGGAUAAGGCUGCUGGGGUGAAAAAGAACUUGGAUUCGGCGUUUGGUAAUGCCGAUGCAACAAAUGCUGAUUUGGUCUCUGAUUCUCCUGGAAAGGAACCACCAUUCGGACGCGGUUGCAGGGGCUUAGGGAAAAGAAAUAACUUAGCGGCUGAUUUGGAGAGGAAUGAAACUGAGUUAAAGAAGAAGCAGAAGCAAGAAGAAGCUGAGUUGAAGAGGAAGAAGAAGCAAGAAGAGGCUGAGUUAAAGAAGAAGCAGAAGAAAGAAGAGGCUGAGUUAAAGAAGAAAAAGAAGCAAGAAGAGGCUGAUUUAAAGAAGAAGAAGAAGCAAGAAGAGGCUGACUCAAAGAAGGAUAUUCCUGCUUCAAAAAGGACUCGCAGUGGUACAAUAAGAAUACCCAUUCCGACUAAGCAAAUUAAGAACACCAAGUAUUCAGACGAACUGUGGCCGGAAUCUGAUGUGGAGGAAGAUGAAAGGAAAAGGUGUGGAAGAAUAAAGGAGUAUCGGCUGAAAGCUGUUCAAUUAUCUCCAGAUGGGUCUCAAAUGAGUGCGGAAUUUGGUCCUUCUGUACCAUUUCUCCACAUCGGAGACAAUGUAACGACGUGCAUGAGAAAAGGUUUUGAACCUUCACCUGCAAUAUAUGUUCCCCUAGGACCUGUUGAUCCGGUUAAAAGGGAUAAUCUUUUGCAACACCUAAAGCCACACGAGUAAGGACUUUUGCACCAUUUCGUUGAUUUUAGCUAAUAAAAAGAUUUUGCAGAGACUGAGUUGUGUUAAAUUAUCAGGAAAAUUCCACAUGGAGAAGCUCACGAGGAUAUUGAGUUCUACAGAAUCCUCAUCACUCCAAGACCUUGGCCCAUCAAAGAAUAUGGAUGGCUGGUUCAAAAUGUAAGUAUGCAGCUGAGUUAUAUUUACUUUACGGCUAAGUUAUAAGUAUGGUACAGGUGAGUUAUAUUAUCUGUGCAGCAUAUUGCUUCGUAUAUUAGAGUCCUCAUUCAAAGGUCCAAACAAGAUCCCAGUCCAUUCUGGUCCAAGCGCGUUGCCUUUAUAGACUCUUGGUUCCUUGAAUCAUGGGUUCACGAUUAUAAGCAGUUCGAAGUCAAACCAGAAAUGGUCAAAUUCAAAGGAAGUGGUUACGAGAAGUUAGCAAACGGUUUGAUCCCCACAGACAUUCAGACAAAGUUGCGGUGGUUUACAGAUGUAGAUCACUUGUACGGAGUGGUUAAUAUUGGCGGCAAUCAUUGGGUGGGUUUUCACGCGGAUCUGCAUAAAGAGAAGGUUGAUUGCUAUGAUUCAAUCGUUAGAGAGAAAACACUCGAAAGUGAUCUGAGAAUGCUAAAAUUCUUUGGGCCGCUUACUCGUAUGCUCCCUGCGAUUCUGAAUGCCUUUAUUCCUGAUGAUAUCCGAGUCCAUACCAAGAAAGAUUUUGUAUUUAGACGAAGAACAAAACGUAUUGUUCCACAAAACAACCUGAGAGGCGACUGUGGAGUGUAUUCAUUGAAGUUCGUCGAGUGUCUAGCGCUUGGUGUAGCUUUUGAUGGGAUAUCGGAUGAAAAUAUUCAAGGUUUGAGAAUGAAGAUGGCAGCAGAUGUCUUCAAUGAAGGAAGUUGUUGUAGUUUGGUAGGGUCGUUUGGCGAUGAAUGAAGAUGAGUUUUGUAUGACUUAUGGCUAGAUAUUUUGUACUUGACUUAAAGUUAUGAUUUGUUUAUCGUAACUCAGCCACCUUGUUUAAAUUACGCAGCCGUUACGUUAGAUAUAGCUCAGCCGCCCUCAAACCAUAUCCUAAAAUAGGGAAAUAUUUAAUAAGUCAGCCGAUUCUUCUUCAUAAAACAGCCGUUUAGGUAGAUAUAGCUCAGCCAAACCUCAAACCAUACCCUAAGAUAGGAAAAUAUUUAAUAAGUCAGCCGAUUCGUCUUCAUAAAGCAGCCGUUAAGGUAGAUAAAAGUCAGCCAUACCUCAAACCAUACCCUGAAUUAAAAUAAUUGAUAUGUUUAUACUUAAAAAUGUUAUAACAUUCCCUAAUAAGUGAAUAUAUAAUCAACCGAACGUCUCUUAUUUAUUAAAUUAACGAGUUUAGAAUCGAUCAUGAUCUUGAGGUAUAUGUUGUCUUGCAGUUACUUAAAACCUUACAUGUAGAUAUAGAGUGUGAUCAUAAUACAACUCUCCUAAACUAUAUACAACGCAUUUUAAGACUAAAUUUAUGUUAUUUGUUAUAUUUAUCACACCGUUAUUCCAAAUCCUAAACAUAAAUUCCUAAAUAAACAAACCUAAACUCUAAAUACUAAACCCUAAAUCCCAAAUAUUAAAUCAGCCGUAAUAGGCUAUAUAACUCGGCCGCCACGUUUGUUAAAUGUUGUCGUUUGGCGGGAAAUAAGAUAAAUGAAUUUUGAGAAAUUUCAAUUCCCGCCGUUUCACGUUCUAUGUUUCUCUAUAUAUAGUGCCCUCUCUAAUACCCUUUCUUACGCCUUUAUCUCUCUAGAAAAAACCUAAACAAUAUCUCUCUAUCCCCAUCAAAAGCCAUGCCGAUUGUUCCUGAAAAUUCAGAGAGGUUAGAGAACAGUGUUUUUUGCGAUACUAAGCUCUGCAAAUCGUGAAAACCUCCCUGUUCUAUACCCUGGUCCGUGUGACUUGCUUGACACAACCAGCCCUACAUGGUUUAAAUUUUUAACUGAUCUCUCCCUGGUCAUCCCGACGAUUCUUGCAGAAGGAUGGGUUCAUGCAUGGCUGACAUACUGCGACAUUCCCGAUCAUUUUAAAGAACGCUGGUUUCUUCAACUCGCUGUAAGGCCCGACAUUUGUUCAUAUAUAUUAAUAUAUACCAUCGGUCUAUAAUCUUUGUAUUUUUUGUUUGCCGUAGCGGACAAACACAUGGGAUCGAAGGCAUCAUUUGACAGUUUGGCGUAAUUUUAAUCUUGUGGCCAGAAGUCUAUUUCGUUCUCAGAUGCGCCAUUUGAGGUGGACUUGGUUGGAAGGAGGCGAGAAGCCAACUUGGAUGCUAACCAGCGUUUGGCUUGAUCUCUGCCACAUGUUUGAAGAGUCUGGUCCAGAUAAUUUUGGUUUCUGAAAGUCUUUUCGUGUCUGUAUUUUGAACUUCAUUAUUUCAGCCAUAACUUGUUUCAAUGAUUCAGCCGCAACUAGUUUGAAUGUAAUCUCGGCUACAUGUUUGAAGAGUCUGGUCCAGAUAAUUUUGGUUCCUGAAAGUCUUUUCGUGUCUGUAUUUUGAACUUCAUUAUUUCAGCCAUAACUUGUUUCAAUGAUUCAGCCGCAACUAGUUUGAAUGUAAUCUCGGCCACACAUUUUAUAUAAUUCAGCCAUAACUUGUUUCAAUAACUCAGCCGUAAUUAUAUUUUGAAACGCAUUAUUUCUGUUUGUGAAUGUUAUCUCGGCCACAUAUCUAAUAUAAAUAACUCAGUCAUCAUUGUAUUUAAAUAACCCAGCAUCGAUUUAAUUUUAAGAGGCGGUAUAUGGGAAGUUCCAUCAUUAUGCGCGUGGGAAAAUUUGGCUGCCAUGAUAAUAUCGAGACUCAUUAUUACGAUUUUUUAUAUAUAUGUUUCAUUUACAAUAUCGAGACACUGAUAUUAUAUUGUAUUUUAUAUAUUUAAUAGUAUUAUAUCUGUGAUGUCGUAUCUUUUCUUACAAAGUAAAACAAUUUUUAGUUUCCAAGGACUUUGAAAUCUAUUUUAACAAUGUCUUCCUCAUCCUUCACCUCAGGAAAUUAUUACAGACGACGUAGGAAUACGGAAAGAGGAACGCCGAAAGAGUGUUGGUGUGGUGCACCAUCUGACAUUUUUACAUCUGGAAGCGAAACAGAUCCAGGAAGAUUGUAAUAUCGAUGAAACGUCCAAUGGAUGAUGUCUAUGGCGCGGAUGCUGUCGAAGGUUAUAACAAAGGGAAAAUGAAAACGACGGAGCAUUACAGGGCGCUUCUCCGCUUGGCCAAGGAACAAAGGCAAUCUGAAUCUGAAUGGAACGACGCCUCCAGCAAAGUUAAUUCUAUUGCUGCGCGCAUGGAAUUGCUUGAUGCCAUUAUCAAGGCCGAAGGCAAAUUUGACCUCGUGGCUGAGUUGGAGACACUUACCGCUCAGCAUUGUGAAGCCGAAGCAGAGUUGGGAGCUGUGAAGGUCAUCGACCCUGACUGGUGUAAGCUUCAUGAAAAAUGGAUGCUGGAUGAUUAAUCUCAUGUCAUCAACUUCUCUUUUAUUUUUAUGUUUUUUAAGACCGGAUUUUAUGUACUAUGUAACACACAUCAUGUUUUAUUUUCUACCUAUUCACAUAACUCAGUCGUGACAUAAAUUAACACAAAUCAGUUUUUAUGCAUCAAUAACUCAGCUUUGGAAACAAUUAACUCAGCCUUUAAAUAGCAUUUAAUCAAAUAUCAGAAAAUAACAUUAUUAUGCGUGUGAGAAUUUUUGGCUGCCAUGAUAAUAUCGAGACUCAUUAUUAAUAUGUCUUUACAUAUAGAGAUACGACAAGCACUCAUGUAUUAUAACUAACAAUAACUCAGCAAGACGGUUCAUUUAUCCAGACCAGUGUAAAUCGAGACCAUUAUUAUGCGCGUGAUCAAAUUCAGUUGCCAUGAGUUUUUCGAUGUUUUCCUCGACUCUAAUUGGCCAGUAAGAUAUAAUUCAGCCAACUCAGUCGAAACAUGAUUCGCGACGGUUGGGAUUUCACGUGAAUUUUAAUAAAUCAAAUUUAAUAUUAGGCGUGAAAUAAAAUUAACUCAGCUGUAAAAAGAAUUAAUUCAGCCUUCAAAUAGCAUGUACCUAGCCUAAGAAACAAUUAACUCAGCCUUGGUAACAAUUAACUCAGCCUUUAAAUAGCAUUUAAUCAAAUAUCAGAAAAUAACAUUAUUAUGCGUGUGAGAAUUUUUGGCUGCCAUGAUAAUAUCGAGACUCAUUAUUAGUAUGUCUUUACAUAUAGGGAUACAGCAAGCACUCAUGUAUUAUAACUAACAAUAACUCAGCAAGACGGUUCAUUUAUCCAGACCAGUGUAAAUCGAGACCAUUAUUAUGCGCGUGAUCAAAUUCAGUUGCCAUGAGUUUUUUGAUGUUUUCCCCGACUCUAAUUGGCCAGUAAGAUAUAAUUCAGCCAACUCAGUCGAAACAUGAUUCGCAACGGUUGGGAUUUCACGUGAAUUUUAAUAAAUCAAAUUUAAUUUUAGGCGUGUGAAAAUAAUUCAAGGUUCUAACAAAUAUCGAGACCUUUAUACUAUCGAGACAAUAAAAUUUUAUUUAAUGGAGUUUCUUGUUAGGUUGGUUUAAUUCAGUCCUAUGUUUUAAUCAAAUCAUUUAAUAACCGUGAAAUUAAAUUAACUAAGCUGUAAAAACAAAUAAUUCAGUAUUCAAAUAGCAUUUACCUAGCCUAAGAAACAAUUAACUCAGCAUUGGACACAAUUAACUCAGCCCUUAAAUAGAUUUUACUUAGCCUUACAAAAAUUAACUCAGCCUCCAAAUAGAUUUUACGUUGCCUUAGGAACCAUUAACUCAGUCUUCAAAUAUAUUUAACUUAGCCAACGAAACAAUUAACUCAGCCUAUAAAUAGCAUUUAAUCAAAUAUUAGAAAACAACAACUUAGCUAUAGAAUGUUAGUCUCGACAUACAACAUACUGGAAUAGCAAAUAACAUAAAAGAUAAGUUUCGAUACAUUACAUUUUCACCACUUCCUUGUGUCCCUUAACAUGCUUAUCGGUUCAAAAUCACGUAAGAACAAGCCGAGCUCUUUGAUCCAGAAACAGCGUUUACACAGGUUAUCAUCCUUAGUGACAUCAAUGUGCCACAAGCAGUGACAUUGUCGCUGCACAAGAUUUGCACAUUGGCAUCUGUAGAACGAUGACAUAAAAAAGUUAAUGAACAGGACCUUAUGGUCGCGAAAAUAGUCACCAUGCCACAAACCCCAACCCCAUUUAACAGAGCGCACUAGUUUACCGAUCCUGCCAACAGAUUCUAAUGGAAUACCAUGAAAAUACUUCCCUUCACCCUCAAAGAUUGCUUGAGUUAUUGCGUGUGUAUACACAACACGCUCAUAUCCAGCAUCUGCUGCACGCUUCAAGAGAGAAAGCCCUUCUUCAUAAAGGUCCAAGGAGUAGAAAAACUGUACACCUUUUAUAUAAAGCGUGCUUGGAUUUCCCUCAUCGUAGCAAGCUUUCAACAACUCAGAAGGCAUAGUGAGUCCCCAGGGAACGGAUAAAACAUCGAGGAAAUGGUAAACCCCACGCCGCUCUGCUAACGCCUUCAUCAACCUCGACGAUGCUUUGAGGCGAAAGAGAUCUUGGAUGGAGUUACGGGCCGCACGUUCAACCACUACCGCCUGAAUUUCUUCAGGCAAUUCAAGAAGAGGGAAAAAUUCUAUUUACUCUCUCAGGGGUGAAAAUGAUUUAGAUAGAUAGAGAAAAUGUGUAAAAUAUAGAGUUGAAAGUCUUAUUUAUUGGCAGUGUGAAACUCAGUCGUCUGACGACCUUUCUUUUUUUUGGCGGGAAUUUUUAAAGAAUAAACAUGAAAAUCAACAAAUCAGCCGUAAUACAAAAACAUUAAAACCAUAAACUAAGCCCAUGUUAACACUAACCCAGCCGUUACGCAUAUCAGAGUCGUUGAGAUGCUUUCCAAAGGACAUGAAAAAUAACAGCCCGGCCAUAAGUAUUAACUAUUAAAAUCAACAACC